UAUUGAAUCCAUUGUUUUGAAAAAUGCGGCUUCUUUUCAUUUUCCUCAGUUUGGUCCCUCUAAUCUCCGCUAGCACCCCUCCCCUGCGCAAUGGUCAGUGCAGAAAGGGCUCUGGCAGAGAAUGUAAAAGGGCUUUGUUUGUGCCAGGUUUCAAUCUCCUUGGCGAAGGCAUUAAUAUAGUGACCAUGAAGAGCACCCAUGCAUUUAUAUUUGACAUGAAUCAAUACCUUACAAACAACACUUGUACAUUGUGUAGAGAUCCUCACCACCACAACCGCGAGUGGAAGUUACCCAGAGCUUUAUCCGACUGGAAAAUUUUGACAACAUGCCAACGGAAAGUUGUAACCAAAGAAUCACAAAGUGAAGUUUCAAUGGCCAAAGAGACAACAUCUGACCUGCAGAAUAACUGGAUGGCUGGCCUCGAUUUAAUUUAUAAAGCAAUGAAAGGAAGCUUCUCAUUGGCCGGUUCACAUGCUAAAACUACAGUGUUUGCUUCAAACCAACUUUAUAAAGACAAAUACACCUUCUUCAGCAACAAAGUUGAAUGCACAUAUUACAGUUUCCGCUUGAAUGAUAAAUAUCAGCUCUCCCCAAUUUUCGUGAGUGAUCUGGCCAAGCUCCCGAAGUGGUUUAACUCAAAGAGCAAAUCAAAAUACUGGAAUUUCAUAUCCACCUAUGGCACACACUAUGUCACCAAGGCAACCAUUGGAGGGAGAGCUUGGGAAGUGACUGCCGUGAAAACCUGCCAGGUGUCUCUGAAUUCCAUGACAAUGGAGCAAGUGAAGAUCUGUCUUGAUGUUGAGGCAGCGAUAAGUGUGAUCGGAAUUGAAAAUCUUCCAAGUUUACGUCGAAAAGCUGCAGCAUGUAAGGCCUUAUCUAAACGUCAUAAUAAUGGGAGAAACUUCCAUGCGAUGCAUAGUGAACGAAUCUGGGAGGUGACUGGAGGAAAUGCAACAUUUGAUUUACUUGAUUCGAAUGCUGGGGGCAGUAGUUCCCGCUUUACCUACUGGAUGAACAGCGCUAAGAAGAUCCCGGCUCUGCUGACCUACAUGGUGAAACCCGUGUACACUUUGAUAAAGGGCUCAAAUCAUAAGAGACUUAGUCUAAAGGAGGCUCUUAGCCAAUUUAUUAAGGAAAAGGCAUUGAAGGUGAAAUGUGCAUGUCCAGGCAAUGCCCACUUUAAGCAUGAUGGUCAGUGUGCUUGUGCUUGUGACCCAUCCAUGUACAAAACCUCAGACUGCUGCCCAAAAAGCAAAUCUUUAGCUAGGUUACAGGUGAAGAUUACAAGUGGUCAUGGUCUGUAUGGAGACUUUUUGGGCCAGACAGAUGGCUAUGUGAAAUUCAGGUUUGGCAGAGAGGUAAAAUCAACAGGAAUUAUAUGGAACAAUAAUAAUCCUAGAUGGGAUCAAUGGUUUGAUUUUGGUAUAGUGGAGCUUUCCCGUUCCAGAAAAUAUACAAUAGAAGGCUGGGAUCAGGAUACUUUUAAAGAUGAAUUCCUUGGGAAGUGUGAGGAUGUGCUGAAGGCAUCAUCCACCUCAAAGAGAUGCCACCUAAAACAUGGUAGCAUAAGGUACUUCUUAAAGGUCACCUGUGCCGCUUCUUUGUCUGGUGAUUUCUGUGAAGUGUACCAACCCACCCCUUCCAGAAAGUCAACAUUUCCACUUCUCCCAUCAAAUACUACAAUUGAUGGAUAAACCUUUAGCUUGCUUUGUCCCGGAGACAAAUUCUCCAGUAUUACUCCUUAAAUCGCUUGACCCGGGGUAAUGCUGACUGCUUCCAUUUUAAUCAUUAUGGUUUUACUUAGUUUAUUUCUAGCAUUCAAUAUCUUUAAAGGGCAAUUUACAUGUAAUUAAUUACCAUAAAAAUUGCAGAAGGGUUCCAUCAAAAAUCCCUUCUCCCAUACACACCCUAUAUUUUGUAUUUUCUCUGGGUGUGAGCAAUGCAAUUUGCAUACUGUGAGUAGUAACAAACUAGGGCAACACUGGGGCAAAGAAGGAUUAUUAGUUGUAUGGUAAUUUUUUAUGCUAUUUUACUAAACAUUAGCCUAAUAGAUAAUGCUUCAGGAUCAAUAGUAGAUUUAAGUCUUUA